UCCACUGCAAGGACAACACAGCUGAACCAGACGAAUCUUUUACUCACACGUCUUUAUCAAAACAAGAUGAAAAAGUUACUUUUGUUGCUUCUCUUUUGUCAUGUUUCAUCUCAAGCGAGACACUCCCUGAAGUUUUUCCUAACCGCAUCUUCUGGAGUCCCGAACUUUUCCGAGUUCAUGGGCGCUGCUAUGGUUGAUGAACUUCCGGCAGCUUACUGCGACAUAAACAAAAAGAUAGCAGAACCCAAACAGGACUGGGUGAAACAUUUAUUUGAAAAGGAUCCUCAGCAUUUCGAGUGGCACAAUGGACAGUGUUUUCAGAUUCAGCCUCAUCGUUUCAGAGCCAAAAUGGAAAACUUGAAGCAGCGUUUUAACCAAAGUGGAGGUGUCCACGUUUUACAGGAGAUGUAUGGCUGUGAGUGGGACGACGAGACCGGAGAGGUUAAUGGUUUCAGUCAGUACGGUUAUGAUGGAGAAGACUUCCUAGCAUUGGACCUGAAGACACUGACAUGGAUCGCUCCGAAACCACAGGCUGUCCUCACCAAACUGUUAUGGGAUGCUGAGAGAUCUAGAAUAAUAUACAAUGAGAUUUACCUCAUGCAAAUUUGUCCUGAGUGGCUGAAGAAGUAUUUGGCCUUUGGCAAGAACACUCUGCUGAGAACAGCCCUCCCCUCAGUGUCUCUCCUCCAGAAGUCUCCCUCCUCUCCUGUCAGCUGCCACGCUACAGGUUUCUACCCCAACAGAGCCGUGAUGUUCUGGAGGAAAGACGGAGAGGAGAUUCACGAGGACGUGGACCUCGGACAGAUCCUCCCCAACCACGAUGGAUCCUUCCAGAUGACUGUUGAUCUGAACGUUUCAUCAGUCACACCUGAAGACUGGAGGAGGUACGACUGUGUGUUUCAUCUCUCUGGUGUGAAGGACGACAUCAUCACCAAACUGGACAAAGCUUUGAUCAGGACCAACUGGGAGACGCCCCGUGACAUGACUGUCCCCAUCACUGCUGCAAUGGUUGCACUCAUCCUGAUCGUUGUCACUGGAAUUAUCGUUUACAAAAAGAAGAGCUGCUUAACUGGCUUUCCGUUAAUUUAAUUUUGGUCUUUUAGUUGAUGAUUUUAUUCAGGUUGCAUCUGAAUUGAAUUACAACAGACAUCAGUUCCGUGCAUCCCAUGACGCAACCACCAGUCACUGCUGUGAGACUCAGAGCCUCUGCGUCAUGAUCAUAGACUGUAUAUAAAGAUGGACGACACGCCCACACUUAGCCCCUCUACACUGAGGUGAGGUUAAAAUAUCAGAGAUACAGGAUGGCAUUUUGCAAGGUUGAUGUCAUUGAGAGCUGGAUUCUGCGUAGUACUGAUAUCUGCGGUGGGGGAGUUCCCACCAAAACACACCCGUUCAACCAAUGCGAGCGUAAGAAAUGGCAAUCACGAUGGAAAAAAAUCCCCUUAUGUGUAAAUGUGUACUGUAACUCAUUAAAACCAGACUUAUCAUAAAAGGGAACACUUAAACAACCUACCUUCAGUGACAGAAAAACGUUUUUGGAGAAAAAUGUAUUUGGGUGUACUUUUUUAGUUUUAUGUCACAUUAACUAAGAUAAAGUAGCAGGCUUUAUGACCUAUACUGCAGCCAGACACCAGGGGGCGAUCAAGAUUGAAAAGCUACACUUUGGGGGAACUGUGAUGUUGUCCAUCUUUAAAUACAGUCUAUGGUUAUGAGAAUGUGACUAAACAACAAUGGUGUGGUAGAGAAGAGAUAAAGUAAAUGGAGUAGGGUCUAAACAGAAGGAUGAAGGGAUUUAUUUUUCAUUUCAAGUAAACAGAAGAGGGCAUCAUACUCAGUGGGGGAUAACAAAGUACAUUUGUCAUAUUUCAGCUAUAACUAAAGGAGACUAAGA